AUGGCAACAAAAACAAAUAGAAAUAAUCUGAAAUGUUAUAUCUGUGGAAAAAUGUUCACAAAUGCAACGGUUCUUACACCUUGUGGUCAUUCGUUUGAUCGUCAAUGUAUUCUUCAAUAUAAAUAUUGCCCAAUAGAACUUUGUAAUACUCCUGUAUUUGAAUAUUACUUAUCAGAAAAUAAUUAUAAUCAAUCAACAGAAAAUAUUUAUGAAAUAUUUCUAUUAGAUACAAGUACAUCUAUGUGGUAUUCAGAUUCUUUUACUGGCCUUUUUGGUACAAGUAGAUUUCAGAUAGCAAUUAAAUUUCUCGAACAUGUUUUUCAACACAGAUGGAAUUCAUUAACAAAUCAAAUCUCAUUAAUAACAUUUGAUAAAUAUCCGAUCGAACAUUUUUCAUUUGAAACUAUUCGUCAACAUCAUUUAGAAAUUCUUGAAAAACUUCAACCAAAUGGUUCACAAACAUGUUUAUUUGACGCAUUGAAAUUCUCAUUAGAAAAAUUUGAAAAAUUAAAUGAAAUUCUCAAUCGUUCGACAAGACAAUCAAUUUACGUUCUUAGUGAUGGUGCUGAUAAUUUUAAUUCAAGUGGAAAUCAAAAACAUUAUAUUAAAUUUAUUAAAGAAUAUAGUAAAAAAUUAAAUAUUCGUGGAAAUAUAAUUCAAGUUGGCGACAAAAAUUUAUCGUAUACAAAGAAUCUUUGUCAAGAUAUUAAUUAUCAAUUUCAUCAUUUUAAUAGUUAUAAUACGGAAGAAUCUAUUAAUUCAUAUUUAUUAUCAUCAAAUAUUCAUUAA